AUGCAUACAUUUGUACUAGGUGUAGAUUUGGGCACUACGUCAAUUAAAGCAGUUUUAUUAGAAUGCCAAUCAAGGAGUAUCGUUGCAAGCCAGACUUUACCAACCGCUUCCGACAUCGCCGAUUGUAACGGGAUUAAGGUACGUGUGUGCUUGUUUAUCUGGGAAUCCGUCAUCGUUAUACAGGCAAAGGAGCAAGAUACCGGCCGGAUCCUGGACACGCUGAACCGGUGCAUUGGUCUUCUCCCCAGAGAUAAACUGCAACAUGUGUGCAAGAUAGGAGUUUCAGGACAGAUGCAUGGGGUUCUGUUCUGGAAUUCAGAGAGUGGUUGCGAUUGGUCCCGAGGCAACUUCAGUCAUCUGAUCACCUGGCAAGAUGGCCGCUGCGACGAAAAAUUCCUGUCCUCUCUUCCAAAACCGGACUCGCACCUCAGCGUGGCUACAGGAUUCGGCUGUGCGACAGUCUUCUGGUACAUGAAACACAGGCCUGCGUUCCUAAAGGACUUCACGGUCGCAGGUACCAUCCAGGACUAUGUUGUUUCCUUGUUGUGCGGGUUGGACAGGUGUCUCAUGACCCCUCAGAAUGCAGCCAGCUGGGGUUUCUUUAACACAUGCUCUAACCAAUGGAAUGCAGAUAUUCUGAACGGCGCCGGCUUCCCUUUGCACCUGCUUCCUCAGUGUGUCCCCUCUGGUGAGUUGGCGGGCCACACGCUCACUGACUGGCACGGCAUCCCCGCGGGGACUCCAGUUGGGGCCGCCCUGGGAGAUUUCCAGUGCGCCGUCUACUCCUGUCUGAGUGCGCAGGCAGAUGCAGUUCUUAACAUAAGCACCUCAGCCCAGUUGAGCUUCGCCAUGCCAGCUGACUUCAAACCUCCCGACUCUCCUCAGCCUGACUCCUCCGUUGCCUUCUUCCCGUACUUUGGCCACUCGUACCUGGCGGUUGCGGCGUCGCUAAAUGGAGGCAAUGUGCUGGCCACUUUUGUGGAAAUGCUGACUGGCUGGAUGAAAGAGCUCGGUAUGGAUCUGAGCGACCAGUCUUUGUAUGAGAAGAUGAUCAGUUGCGCUUUAAACCAGGAAAGCAGCAACCUCACUGUGACUCCCACCAUCCUUGGUGAGAGGCACGAGCCUUUCACUCUGGGUCAGGUGACUAACAUCUCCACCUGCAAUAUCUCUCUGGGUCAUGUCACCAGAGCGCUAUGCCGAGGAAUUCUGGAAAACCUAGCCUCCAUGAUGCCGCCCGAGCGUCUGCAGAAGGCAGGGGUCCGCAGGAUAGUGGGCAGCGGGAGUGCCCUUGCACGUAAUGAGGUGCUGAGACAGGAAGUGAAGAGAGUGUUUGCUUUACCGGUGGUAUAUGGACAGAACGCAGACUCUGCUGUUGGUGUUGCGUUGAUCCUCUGUGACCAAAUAUGA